AUGGAAGAUCAAGAGUUGUUUAUUGAAGAACAAGAGGUGGUUAUGGAAGAUCAACCCCCACCUGUGCAAGUUUCCGAGGACACAAGUGCUCACUAUGCAAACAACUAUGAAUGGGAAGAUAAGAAAGAUGCAAAGUUGUGGGAUCGAUCGCAAGGGUUGAAAAAGAUGUGCAUCAUAGUCCAGAAUAAACAAGUUACAGACAAGAGCUUUCAAAUGGUUUGCGAGUGUAGUGGAAAGUAUGAGAGCCACUGGAAAAAGGGUAGUGAGUAUAAACCAAAAAUUGUGAGGAAGAAGGGAGUAUAUAAUACGAAGAAGACCGGAUGCCCUUUUAAUCUUAAAUUUAAAUUUAACGACGACAACAAAAUGUGGUAUAUGGAAAAAGUCGUCUCGGGUUAUCAUAAUCAUCCUAUUCCGGAAAGUUUGAUCAACCAUCCUUAUUCGGCUAGGCUCAACCUUUUAGAAAAGGAUUUAGUACGCGUGUUGAGUAAAAGAUGCACAAGACCUAUUGAUAUUCUUAGUGGCGUCAAGGUGUUAAAUCCCCAAAACUCAUCCUCAUUGGCAACUAUCUAUAACGAAAGAGAAAAAUUUAGAAAAGAGUCAUGGGAAGAGAGAAUGGUUAUGCAACAAUUAUUGUUUUUGUUUGAGGAGGCAAAGUACUCUACGGCGUAUGACAGGAAUGAAGAAAACGAAGUGGAAUAUCUUUUCGUCGCGAAUCCGAAAUGUGUACAAUUUGCAAGAUUCUUUCAUCAAAUUUUCUUUAUGGAUUGCACGUAUAAAACGAACAAGUACAACAUGCCAAUAUUGAACUUUGUUGGGCAAACAUUUUGUUUCUUGAAAGAUGAGUCAAAGGAAAGUUAUUUGUGGGCAUUGCAAAAGGUCAAGUUAUUGUAUCAAGAAGGUUAUACUCCUACAGUGUUGAUUACGGAUAAUGAGCAAGCAUUGAUGUGGGCCAUACAACGUGCUUUCCCCUAUGCGCGUCAUCAUCUUCGCACGUUUCAUAUAUGGAACAAUGUGCAAACUAAUUGCAAGAGGAUUAUAUGGCCAGUAAAGAAGACCGAAAUGGAGAGGAUCAAAAAUCUACUGUUGGAGAUAUAG